AGAAGUGGGAGGGGCUGGAUGUGUGCGAGAAAUUCUCGCUGCAGCAGAUGCUAAGGGCCACCAACAACUGGUCGGAGGACAAUGUGCUGGGCAAGGGUGGCUUUGGCAUUGUAUACAAAGGCUGCUCUCCACAGGGCCAGCUGUGGGCCAUCAAGCGAUCCACCAUCAUGACCAACGACUUCGAAACGGAGGUGCGAGCCAUGGCCUCUCUCCACCACACACACCUCGUGCGCCUGCUGGGCUUUUGCCUGGACCAGAACGUGGAGACAGGCAAGCAGGAGCAGAUCCUCGUGUACGAUUUCAUAGGCAAUAGGGACAUGGAGUACCAUAUCCACAAGACCAAGCGUUAUGCUAAAUACAUGUACCCUGCUAUGAAGCUGGUGGAGACAUAUGAGCUAGAAGAGCUGAGGGACAGCAAGAUGCCGGCGGCAAGUGAAGAGGCUAUAGUGGAACUUGCAGACCUGGCUCUGGACUGCAUCAAGUCUCCUGGCACACGGCGACCCACUAUGAAGGAUGUGGCAUACCGCCUCAGUGCCCUCAUUGCCAAGCACUGCCCCGACAAGGAGGAUGAGUGGGAGAGUGCCACAGAAGAAGAGAGUGAAAGCAACAAGGGUAGUUAA